GCGGUCUCUUUCCCUUUCCUUCCUUUACCUUUUUUUCCCUUCCUUCCCUCCUUCCCUUCUCUCUCUCUUUCUUUCUCUCUAGAUCUCUCUCUCCUUUAAUUUCCCUUCUGAAUUCCUCGCAGUUCGGUGGUGUGUUGUUGUUGGUGUUGGUGGUGGGGGAAGGAGAAAGGCAGGGGAAUCGAGGAAGAAGAUGACUAGUGCUCAGGCAGCUGGCCAAUUCGGAGACACCACUUACACCAAGGUCUUCGUCGGGGGGCUGGCUUGGGAGACGCAGAGAGACACCAUGAAGAAGUACUUCGAGCAGUUCGGUGACAUCCUGGAGGCCGUCGUCAUCACUGACAAGAACACCGGAAGAUCCAAAGGCUAUGGCUUUGUGACUUUUCGUGAGCCGGAGUCUGCUAUGAGAGCUUGCAUCGAUCCUGCUCCGGUGAUCGACGGAAGGAGGGCUAAUUGUAACCUUGCUUCCUUGGGGGUUCAGAGAUCUAAGCCCACAACACCUCUUCAUGGAGGAGGAGGAGGGAGCAGGAACUUUAGGGUAAUGAAAUCAUUUCAAGGUGGAACAGGAGCAGCUUUUGCUUCGCCUGCUGCUGCAACCUUCCCUCCCCAUUAUGCCAUCCACCACCAAGGCCAGCUUCCUUACUAUGUCUACGGGUUCUCACCAUACUCUACCGAGUACAACUAUCAUGCUACGUCCGACUACCAGAGCUACUACAACAUGUAUGGUGGAGCAGCGGCUGCUCAGUACCCGCUCUAUGGUGGAGCAGGAGCAGCAGCAGCAGCUGCAGCUGGCUACUACCCUUACAUCCAAUUCGGACAGGGUGGCGGCGGAGGCGGCGGCGGCGCCUCCGCCUACGCCCAGGGCCAAGGCUACGGCAUGCAGUUCCCCCAAAUGUUUCACUACUCCGCUGUCACCGCCCAGCUCUACGGGGGCGUGCCCAUCUCCCUGGCGCCCAGUCCCACGGCGCAAGCAGUGUCCUUUGCUAUCAAACAGGCAUGACAAUGGCUGUCACUGCUCCCACCCUGCCGAGCCCUCCAGCAUCCUAUCGCUACAGAGUUAUUCCUCCUCACUUCUCUGCAACUGCGCCGGAGCAACCCUUGGCCUAACCAUGGUUUCCCUCAGUCUUCAUCUCUAUCUGUUUGCAAGUGUCGUACGUAUUUUUGUCAGUCUCUUCACUAACAUUUACCAAGCUCCCUCCCAUGGUUCUGUUUUAGACCACGGGAUGGGGCGUUCAUGGUCAGAUCACUGUGGUGAUUGGAUAUCUACCCACAGUAGGGCACUAUACCUUAAGAAACAAAGGUAGCUAACAAGAUCAUCUGGCUUCUCAGCCAGCCAGCCAUCCAUGAUAUUCCAUCUGAUUACUAAUAACCCAAUUGCUCGUGGUGAGCUUUGAGCUAACAUCGGCCUGAGAUGGCCUUAAUUGACUUCAAUUCUUACUGUUGUAGCUCCAUUCAGGCCAACUUCAAGGUGAGGAAUGCCCUGUCGUGGUCAUUAUUAGUUAAACUCGACAAUUAUUUAACUACCAUCUACUGUAAGGACUCUUUUCGGUGUGACUAACCAUUCAUCUUUCCAAGAAUAUUUAAGGCGAGAUGACUUCACUGACCCUGUUUUCUGUUGAUUAGUUUCUUGAGUGUACAUUUGUGGUUAGGCUCCAGGGGGAGUUCUAGCCCCUGCAAAAGUAGGUGUGGAGGAGAGACAGUGUUUGUUUUUGGCAUUUGGCUCUUCUCCCUGUCCUUCCUAACAAUAUGAGCUUCACAUAUGGCUGUGGAGCUCUGUAGUUCAGCUCAAUGGACCACGGAGAGAUAUUUUUGGUCUCAGGGGUUCAUCUAACAGUGCCACUUCAACCAUGGUUAGGUCCAAGAGAUUCUCUCUCCCUCUGUCUAUCUCUCUCUUUAUCUGUGUCUGCCUGUCUGUCGCUGUUUAAGUUUGGAAAGACAUAUGUCAAUGUUUGACUAGCUAUUGUUUCCUUGUCGAUGUUAAAUGUUUAGGAAUUCAGCGGUUGUAUUUCUAUGUGCUAUGUAAUCGAGAACUGGAUGCUGUAAUAAUUUAGCUAAUAUGCUACUCUUUAGAGUAAUCUGCUUUCCUUAUUCCGCGCAA